GUGACGUACGUUGUUGUGUGGACUAUCCGUGUUCUCCGUGCUCCGUGGUGAAAUUUGGAGCUAGCUGUUCGCGAAUUAAAAGACGUACGUUCUGAAGAAGAUCAAUACAACAUGCUACAGCGACUGGUCUCAGGGGCCAMACGAUUCUGUAGCACACCGUCAAWGUUCUGCCUUCAACGUGUUGCUGGAUUAACAACAUCACUACACCACACUAAUUCUCGCCUAGUGACACAGUUGGUUUCAAAAACUGAUGAAAGAUUAUUAAGCAUUACAUGGGACAAUGGAACAACCAGUCGAUAUCCAUUUGUAUAUCUACGUGAUAUCUGUCAGUGUCCUGAAUGCUAUGACCGUGAUUCCUCCAAGCAAAGGAAAUUUGACUCAGUAGCAGGACUGACUAAUGAUCUUGUGGCAUCUCAAGCUGAUAUUCAUUUGGAUGGAAAACAAAUAACAUUGACCUGGCCUGAUAGUCAUGUGACUAGCUUUAGUUCUGAAUGGUUGUUUGAAAGACGUCUUCCAGAACAAGGASAACAGAAAAUGAAUAUGGAAAGUUUGAUUAUUGACAACUCCAUUCAGUUAUGGGACCAGCAGAUGUCAGGAGAUGUCCCCAUGCUCCAUUUUGAUGAGGUAAUCAAGAACAAGUCUGCCCAAAUAAGGUGGCUGGACAUGAUCCAUUGUUAUGGAAUAGCACUACUUAAAGAUGCACCUAAAGAACCAGGACAGAUUCACAAACUUGGUGAAACAUUAGGAUUUUUAAAGGAAAUGUGGUUUGGAAAAUCACUGCAAGUUGCAAUGGAUUUUGGCAAAAAUGAGCAGCUUAACACUCUGUUACCUCAGUCAUCAUCACCCUACGAUGAAUACAGGGGUGGGCUUUACUUGAUUCACUGUCAAAAGCAAGCUGAGGGACUUGGUGGUGAGCACACAUUUGCUGAUGGAUUUAGGAUAGCACAACACCUACAAGAUAAUGACCCUGAGGCUUUUAAUAUGCUGUGUACCUCUCCUAUAAUGUACCAACAAAGAACAGCCAGUAAAGACAUGAAGCAAUUUGACAUGGUGUUUUCUCGUCCAAUCAUAAGACUGAAUUCUUCUGGACAUKUGGCAAGUGUCGUCUACAAUAAUACCAACAGAACCACAUUUUCUCAUGCCACACCUGAAGAAAUCCCAAAAUUGUAUCGAUCUUACUAUAAACUGACAAACAUAAUAAGGGACAUGCAGUUCACAAUCAAUGUCAAGCUUCAAUCAGGUGAUAUUAUAUCUUAUGACUGUGACCGUGUCUUAGCUGGGAGAAACGCAUUUCAACCAGAAGUAAAAGGAAAGGAAGUCUUUGAAAGCGGGUUCACCGACAAAGAUAUGACACUGUCACGAAGACGAACCCUCAAAACAAGUCUGGAAGCACAAGUUGAUUAAAUGACUCAUUGAAGAAGUUUUUAAGUAAAUUUUAUUAAUUGGAAAAAUAGUUACAAUAGAAAUGAAUUGUUAUAAAAUUAUUAUACRCACUUUGCCACCAUCAAAUGCCACRUGACCAUUGUGUCUCAUCACGAACUAUUCCCAUGUACGUCAAGACAAGGAAUGUCAAAUGUAAAGAUAACUAAUUAAUACAUCUUAGAGGAACAUAUGGACUCGGGAGGCUGGAAUUGUCRUAAAACACUAGAUUAUCAAUAAUCAUAAUCGGUAUAAUCGUCA